AUGGGAAUUCAGAAAUAUGAAAAGUACUCCAAGUCCCGAUACUAUGAUCUUGUCAAGAUUUAUCACCCAGACCGCAAAGCGAGCCCGGUGUAUGAGAAGCUACCAAAAGAUGAACGGCUAGCGCGAUAUCGGCUCAUCGUCGACGCGCACACGAUUCUCUCCGACGACCGAAAGCGAUCGGCGUAUGAUAAGCAUGGUCGCGGCUGGAACCUUGAGUCGAGAAGGCGUCACUUUGGUGAUUGGACUGAUUUGGACGCAAUAUAUUAUGGGCGGAGCGACGAACGCGGCCAUUAUGAUGGCGAACGAGAAUUUUUGCAGCAAUUAAUUGGUAGCAAAUCCUUCAUUUGUCUCAUUGUGGUGAUUGUGACCUUUGCACAGACCUGCGCACUAUUGAGCUCCGUGGCCAAGUCCGAGCGACAAAUGAGGCAAACAGAUGAACACUGCCGAGUGCUCAUGGAUCGCCGUCGGGAGCGAGCGCUGAAUAUGAGGACUUUGGUUGCUCAAAUGGAAUCUUUCUUGUUGAAAAGAGAUCCUUCAGGCCUGGGGCUUCUUCCGACCGAGGAGCCGCUGUAUCAUGAAUUUCUCCCUCUAUGUAGCUACAAGGACUAA